AUGGCGCAGGACAACAUCCUCAUCAUCGGGGCUGGGACUUGGGGAUGUUCCAUUGCUCUCGAGCUCGCCCGCAGAGGGCAUACGGGCAUCACUGUUCUCGAUGGUACCCCCUCUCAGACCAACCUACACACCCUCUCCCUCCAAAAAUGGCGUACCGACCCCCUCUUCUCCCCCUUCUACCACGCCACCCCCCUCUCCACCGGCCACAAAUCCCGCCUCGCCUCUCAAUCGCCCUCCUUCACGCCGCCCACCAGCGCAUUCCCCUCCUGUCUCGGCGUCCCCAACCCCCGCGGCUACAGCUGGAUCGACACGCGCGGAGUGACAACAGCUCUGCGCGACGAAGCCGCCAAACUCGGCGUGCGCUUCCUCUGCGGAAAAGAGUAUGAAGUUACGCGCCUAAUCUACUCCACCAGCACCCCGUCUCUCUCCGGCCUAAGCACCUCCUGCAACACCAUAUAUCUAGGUAAAACAGUCAUUUUAGCCGCGGGCGCGUAUUCCACCCUGCUCCUCGAUUUCGAGGCGCAGAUUGUGCCGCGGGCGCGCGGGGUCGCGUACAUAUCGCUCGAGGAUGGUGAAGCGAAGCAAAUCCCCCUUGAUGUGCUCGACACUGGCAGGAUUGUUGUCGAUGGGAACCGCGGGGAGGUGCAGAUCUCGGAUCAGCAUCAGGGGUACAUCAAUCCCGUGGCGAAUACGUCGACGUAUACGUAUGCUUCUGUGCCGUUUGCGAGGGCGCAGAUUCCGGUUGAGGCGGAGGCGCGUGUGCGGGGGGUGCUGAGGGAGACGCUGCCGCAUCUCGCAGCUCGCCCGUUUUCCCACGCGCGAUUGGUGUGGCGGGCGGAUACGCGGGACGGUGGCGUGGUAAUUGAUAAACAUCCGCGGUUGGGGAAUUUGGUGGUUGCGGUGGGGGGAAGGGGGGAGGUGUGUCCGGUUGUUGGGGGCGUCGUGGCGGAUUUGGUGGAGGGGAGGGAGGGGUGCAAGGCGAUGGGGUGGAAGGAGGGGUGUGAGGGAAGGGACAUUUGGGAAGGGGGAGUAGUGGAUAUUGGGGAUGUUGCGGGGUGGACUAGGAUUGGAGAGUAA